CCAUGUCUACCUCAUUGCAUAAGAAUUUACUGUUAGAUGGGUUUUUACUGUUUUUAUCUUUAGGCAUACACAUUGUGGUUAUAAAAGAUUAUUUAGGUGAAGAUACUAUUUCUGAUUCAUAUGUCCUAGGGCAUAUAUUAUUACAAGCAAUAGAGUAUACUAAAUGUCCUGCUUGUGUGCAUUAUUUUGUUAUAUAA